UUCCAUUUCGUUGUAAUAUUAUGCUCGAAGAAACUUGGUUGAACCAAUCACAAAUGAACGGACUUCUCCGCACGGGCCCCGAUUUUAUUUCAACGAGUUGGUCACUCAGUUCGCAUUGUUCUCCAAUUCCGUCACGUUAUCGGGUUUCGAUCUUCAAUCUCUGGUUCGAGCACCCAAACAAAGCGUCUUUUCUGUCGUUACAGCUACCGACCACCCACAAGUCAUGUCAACGUCUUUUCGUUCAAUCAAUGAUUGGCGAGAACUGUUUAUCCACGCAUGGAGUUCCAGAACGACUGCCGGCGUCCACUCAGUCACAUUCCAGCUAACUCCCGGUGCCAGGAACGAAGACCAAUUUGUCGUGCAAGAAUGGCUCAUCGAUGGCAGAUGGUGGAAAUUUCCCGCUGUUUUCGAUGGCCAUGGUGGUGCGCAUACAGCCGAAUAUGCUGCCGCCAAUCUUCCCCGGCUGAUCGAGGAGGCACUGCGCGAAGUCGUCAAGGAGUGCCUACAUCGAUCCCGGGAUACUCUCGUCAGCAAGGUGAAGAAGGUCUUGCGACAACGGAUCGAGGAUUUCGACCAAGCAAUAGGCGACGCUGUCAAGAAUCUGUGCUCAGACUCCUUCACUCUGAACUACCUGCAAGUGGUGGCUCUUGUCGACGCUAACAAAGGGAUUCUCCAGCGAGCAUUUUCCGGCUCCAUGCUGGUGCUGGCUCUUAUCGAUGAGGAGUGAGAGAACAUGUGGUUAGCUGGACUAGGUGAUUCAACUGUUGUAAUAUCCUGUGAAGAUCCUGAUGGGAUAGGAUAUGAUGAGGGCCUCCUUACCCUUCAUAGCACAUGUACUCCAAAGGAGUAUCUUUCUAUUGCCAUGAUGCAUCCCUCAGAGGAAAAGGAGACCAUAAUGGAAAAUGGUCAGUUGUUGGAUGUGGUACCAUACACAAGAGGUUUGAGUGACUAUAGUCCCAAGUUCCCAUCAGAGUUCUCAACAGAGCUCUUCU